CCAUCUGCCACGCUCUUCCUAACAUCCCCCGCCAUUGCCAUUGCCAUUGCCGAGGUAUCACUUUCCUUCCUUCCUUCCCAAAUCCCACCACUGUUCUAUCACUCAAAAAAUCCAUCAACAGUUCAACACCGCGACAACCCGGCCAUCUUCAACACCCAUGGCAUCUUUUCUCUCAUCUUCUUUUCUACCCUUGACGUCCCCAAAUUCUGCUGCUAUCCACAUUCCCAAAUGCAGAACCAAGACCUGCCGCCGAAGAACAACACUCCUACCGCCGCCCGUUACAGCUUCUUCAUCUUCCACCGGCAAUUCUUCACCACAACUGCCCAAGUUGGUCACUUUCCUCGGGAAAGGAGGCUCCGGCAAGACCACUUCCGCUGUUUUCGCUGCUCAGCAUUAUGCACAGAGCGGGCUAAAUACGUGCCUGGUAAUACAGACCCAGGACCUAUCUGCCGAUCACCUCCUCAACUGUAAGAUUGGAACUUCUCCCAUUCGCUGCAAUCAAAACCUUUCCGCUGUUAGGCUGGAAACCACCAAAAUGCUUCUUGAGCCUCUCAAUCGACUGAAGCAAGCUGAUGCUCAACUUAACUUAACUCAAGGUGUUCUUGGAGGGGUGGUAGGGGAAGAGCUUGGGGUGCUUCCUGCCAUGGAUUCUGUUUUUGGUGCAUUUGUCCUUGAGAGGCUAGUUGGAUUCUUAACAGAUUUGAAGCAGAAGGACAAACAUGAGCAAAGAUAUGACAUUAUAAUUUAUGAUGGAAUUAGCUCCGACGAAACUCUAAGGAUGAUAGCUGCUGCAUCUAAGACAAGAUUGUAUUUGAAAUAUGUGAGGAACAUGGCUGAGAAGACGGAUCUCGGGAGGUUGGCUAGUCCUUCUGUAUUGCGACUGCUUGAUGAAGCGCUGGAUUUAAGUGGUAGGAGUUCCCACUUGAACGGGCCUAGGAGUUCUGAAAUAUGGGACAUUCUGGAAAAGAAGUUGGAGAAGGGGUCUUCUGUGUUUGCUGAUCCCAAUCGAUUUGGUUGCUUCCUAGUUAUGGAUCCAAACAAUCCAGUCUCGUUGAACUCUGCAUUACGUUAUUGGGGGUGUGCAAUCCAGGCUGGUACAACUGUUUCAGGUGCCAUUGCUUCAGCAUCUUCCCCGUGCUUGAGUGAUGAAUCAUUGAUGGAAGAAGUUAAGCAGAAGUUUUCGCCUUUGCCUUACGCAUGCCUUCCGAACUUAUCAAUGAAUCAUCAUCCUUUGACUUGGGAUUCAAUCAUGCAUAGUACCUCACCCAACCAUGAGGCAAGGGCGUUGUUUUCAGCAGCAAGUGAUCCCAGUAGUAGUAGUAGUAGUAGCAGCAGCAUAACACCACCAGUGAUGUUUGAUGCUGCGAGGAAAUCAGUCACCCUUUUCAUGCCAGGUUUUGACAAGUCAGAGAUUAAACUAUACCAAUAUAGAGGAGGUUCAGAAUUGCUGGUAGAAGCAGGGGACCAGAGGCGGGUGAUUCUUCUGCCACCUAAAAUCCAAGGGAAAGUUGGAGGUGCCAAGUUCAUUGACAGAAGUCUGGUGAUCACUAUGCGAUAGCUGCCCUUAUUUUGAUUGUAUGAUUACUGAUUGUUACGUGUCUAUCUCCACUCGAGUAAUGUACUUGUUCUUACCCUCAGCAAGUUGGAAGCUGAUAUAGUUACUUAUUGCAAAAGGAGGAGACCAUAACAGGGAUCUUCAGAGACUAGAAAAUACCUUCCACAAGUUGGAUUUUUUAGU